AUGAUCAGAGAAGCCCCACCAGCAACCGACCUUGCUCAGUCUGCAAGAAGGAUGGGGUGUAUAGAUGUCAUGGCUGUUUCAAUGAGCCACUCUUUUGCACAGACUGUUGCAGAAUUCAACAUCAAAGACAAUCCAUUCCAUCGCAUCAGUCAAUGGACCGGAUCAUUUUUUCAAGAAACUUCACUCAUUAACAGCACCGAUGACUCAUCAGACUUCUUUCAGUGGUCAGAUACCGAUGACAAUAUAGAUGACGAUUAUCCGGAAGGACCUUUCAUUCAACCGGUCAGAGACUCAGAUCGUCCGGCAAUAACUGUAGUAGACAAGUCCGCGUUCACUCCCUUUCCAUAUGUUAUUGCCAAUGCCCCAGUGCUCUCAGCCGAGACAUACAGCUCUUUCAAGCAGGCUUACAAUCUCGAGUGCGGUACAUCGGCCAUGAAUUACUACAGCAAAAUUCGCAGACUCACCUCUAGCAUCUUUCCACUGAUGGUUCCGGAUCGCUAUAGAGAGCUCAUGAGAGCUGCCAGGCAGUGGCGACAAUGCAAGCUCUACAAGUGGCAUGGAUUUGCCCACAAAGAUGACCAGCCAAAGGAUGGUGAUCUUGCCCUAUUUUGUCCGGCAUGUCCGCAAACCGGGUAUUUGGUCAUGGAUGGCAAUUUCAAAGCCGAGCACAUGCAUCCGGUGAAUCCAUCCGAUGAAGUAUCAUUAAUGGAUGGUCUGGGGUUCAUGGUCUCCGAUGAAAGAUACAAGAGCCAUUUGGCCAUUGCUCAAGACAAUGUCCAAAGGUCGGAUUGCAAUAAUCACCGGGCAGUAAAUCAAGCAAACGCCUCGCGGCAAAGGCUGGAAGCCACCGGUAUAGGAGGAUGUGCAUGUGCACGGCAUGGAUGUUUUGUCCCACAUUCCAUGGUUGACUUUCAGAAAGGUGAAAGGCAGAUGAACAUGGACUAUGCAUUAAGUCAAGCUCUCAACUAUAAGACCGACGGAAUCUCUCGAGCCAUCACAUUCUACGACAUAAAUUGUCAGUAUAACAAGUAUUUGAAGGACCGGAUCGCUUCCAGCAUGUAUCUUUCCAUCCCCAUAGGUAUGGAUAUCAUUCCUGGAAUCGGUUUGUGGCAUACGGAGAGAUUAUGGAAACCCUCUGGGCACCUUGAAUAUAAAUCUCCAUCGGCCAGGGGCAUGGGAACUCCCCAUCGCAAGGAGGUAUUGGAUUAUCAGAUGAAUGAUUGUAAUUUCAUGAAAAUGAUUCGUAUAACUAAGUUUCUGUCCAGAAAAUUCAAAGAGGCCAUCAAGGGGGCUUCGGAAAGCAAACUUGCUUUUGAUAAUCUUAACGAGACCGCCAACCCCGACAUGGUAGUUCUUUGGAAGGCAGAGGAGGCAUUGGCUCAUGCAAACAGAGCAGAGGAUCCUACGGCUAUGGACAUCUAUGAGGUCCGGUUGGAAAGAGGCAAGUGUCCACUUUAUUGGCUGUCCGCGCCAACAAAGAAACAGCAGGAAUUGCGCCUGUUGCAGGCUCAAAAUCGCCCUGAACAUCCGGUCAUCAACCCUCUUGGUCGACGAGGAGCCGCCACUUGGCUUGCAACCGGUCUUACCAUAGAGGAAUCGCAAAUAUCUCUCUGCAAGGAUGUGAGAAGUUUGCGAAUGCACCCAACGGACAUGCAACUGUUGAGAGUGGCUCGAUGCCGGGAUAAGCUUCACACUCAGAUCACGAGCUUUCUUGAGAUGUCACCUACUUAUCUCGGAGUUGGAGUCAAUGUCAAUGAUCCGGAUUGUCUGGUUACUGUUUGUAACUCACUGGAUGAUUGUGAAGAUUACUCCGAUUUUGACGAAGAUCAAAAUCCUGAUCUGGACGUACACAAUGCUUCCAUAUUUCAACCGGAGCUCACUGUCAUACCCCUACCAUCCAACAUUGGUGCAGUGAGGUGCAGGGAGUUAGGUCUCACCAAUCUCAUCAAAGAAGAAAUUGCCCUCCGAGAAGGUCAGGCCAAUGACGCACUGCAUGCCAUUAGAGUUCAUUUAGGAGAUAAAGCUGUUUUAUUCCGCAAUACUGUCCGGUCAGCCAAGUCACAGGCUUCAUCUACUAGGGCAUGGACUCGAGUUCGCUCAGUUGAAACAGCAGUCAAUCUCCAUGCUCGUAUAUAUUCGAAAUGCCGGUCGCAACUGGCCAAACUCCCUGACCACGACCUCUUGAAGAAAUACCUUCCUUUGAAGAAAGAAGACCUGAAAGCCAGCUCUGCGGUGGCCGAUCCAAAUGCACGUGGUCAGAGAGAUACCACUCUUUCAUGGUUCUGGUCCUUGGAUGUUCAGGGAGACACAUCAGGAAAUGACUGGAUGACUGAAUUUUACCGGGUUAAUUGGCUCCGGACAAAAGCACUGCGCGAUCGCUGGAAUGAGGAGGUUAUUCUUGUCAAACACGAAAUGCAGUGGUCAAUUAAUUUCUUCACCCACAGAGCCAAGCAAUGGCUCUGUCACAUGCACAAUGCUACUUCUGCAGGGCUCACCGGACAUACAUGUUAUGCUGCCAGACAAUCUCACAUAUAUGACCUGCUGGCAGCACAUGCAGAGGAUGCUUUUCGGAAAAUGAUCGUUGGGAUAGAAGUCCCAGUUCCGGCGGCAUAUGCAGAGGAUGCUCUGCGGGAAAUGAUCGUUCGGAUAGAAGUACCGGUGCCGGUGUGCCGGUCACACCAUAGCCUCAUAUUCCUCUCCAUGGACAAUACUGUAACUCUCAUCCCCUCCAACCAAGUCAUCAUUGCCGCCAAGGGCAAUCACAUCACAGCUGCAGAUAUCUCUCGUGCCCUAUUCUAUGCCAAUUCCCGGAUGCUGGCCAUGCGCCUGUAUGUCGACAAGAGUUUUGCCACUGCCAUACCUGGUUAUGCAGAGACGUUCUACACCCUGAUGAAAUGGGAGAUGGAGACCUUUGCAACACCUUUCAUCAAUAUAUGUUUUAUCACCCGGUUGUCAGCUACUAUUCCUCAACUUCUCAAGGAUGUGCUCUCAACCAUGACUGCUCACACAUUGGUUGAUCGGCGACUGGAUGUCAAUGCCAUUUUGCAGGAUAUCCGGGCAUUGCGCCUUUCUGCAGAUUCAAACAAAUCCGAUGACUAUGACAUUGCUCACAUGCCGGACUACUUCAAUGACUGGUGGAAGGAAUCACUUGGUUGUUGCAGGGUUUCAGAUAUGUUGCCCAAGUCAUCUGUCCAAGAUGUUAUGGAUUUGGUUGAAUGGCACUUUUCACACCUUCCGGAUCAUGUGAAAACUGGUCUUCUCCCAUAUAUUGUGCGUGGUCCGGAUAAUGCGCCGGAUAUAAUUGGUUCAAGAUCUGACAAGGAUGAUGAAUCUUAG